AUGGCGCCUCCCACCUAUGCGGGGAUGUCAGGGCGGAAACUGUCACUGACAGUCUCUACCAUUGCAACAAUGGGGUUUCUGCUUUUCGGAUAUGAUCAGGGUGUGAUGUCGGGUAUCAUCUCAGACCCGGCCUUCAAUGACAUGUUCACGGCAACCAAGGAUGACAAUACAAUGCAGGCUACAGUAACGGCAGUCUAUGAAGUCGGUUGUCUCUUCGGCGCAAUCAUCGCAUUGCUAAUUGGUGAUCGGACGGGUCGCCGGUGGAUGGUUAUCGCUGGUGCCGCUAUUAUGAUUAUUGGGGUCGUUAUUCAAGUGUCUGCUAUGCCAGGCUCACUUCCGCUUCUUCAAUUUAUCUUCGGUCGAGUCAUUACUGGUAUCGGGAAUGGAAUGAACACUUCGACAAUCCCCCCAUACCAAGCUGAAUGUUCUAAGACCAGCAAUCGAGGUCUUCUUAUCUGCAUCGAAGGUGGUAUUAUCGCCAUAGGCACAGCUAUUGCAUACUGGAUUGACUACGGAGCGCACUAUGGUCCCCAAGAUCUCGUAUGGAGAUUCCCAAUCGCGUUCCAGGUCUUCUUCGGUGUCAUUAUCAUUGUCGGCAUGUUCUACCUGCCCGAAUCACCUCGCUUUCUCAUCGCCCACGACAAAGUCGCCGAAGGCGAACGGGUCCUCGCCGCGCUAGCUGGUACUGAGAUUGAGGAUCGUCACACUCAAACGGAAAAGAAUCUGAUUCUCGAUUCCGUCCGAGCCUUACCGCGAGACAGUUCGGGUGCGACGAAAGCCAAGUUCAGCGAUCUGCUUACUGGUGGACCAUCCCAGCACCUGCGCCGCAUGCUCGUGGGCUCGUCGUCGCAAAUGUUCCAGCAGAUUUCCGGCUGCAACGCUGUGAUCUAUUACCUCCCAGUCCUGCUUGAACAAUCUAUUGGCCAGUCUCACAACUUUGCGCUCUUGAUCGGCGGUAUAAACAUGAUCUGCUACGCCAUCUUCGCAACAUUCUCAUGGUUCUUCAUCGAAAAGAUUGGUCGCCGGAAAUUGUUCCUGGGAGGCAGUUACGGGCAGUGCGCAGCAAUGGUAAUUGUAUUCGCCUGUCUUAUCCCUGGCGAUAAGCAAAGUGCAAAGGGGGCCGUCUUCGGCUUUUUCCUUUAUAUGUGCUUCUUCGGCGCCACCUGGCUGCCCUUGCCAUGGCUCUAUCCCGCCGAACUCUCGCCUAUCAGGACCAGAGCCAAGGCCAACGCCAUUUCCACCUGCAACAACUGGCUAUUCAACUUUACCGUGGUCAUGAUCACCCCUGUCAUGGUGGAGCAUAUCGGCUGGGGUACAUACUUGUUCUUCGCUGCAUGGAACGCAGUCUUCAUUCCAGUUAUCUGGUUUUUCUACCCCGAAACUGCAGGCCGUAGUCUGGAAGAAAUCGACCUGAUCUUCGCCAAGGGUUACGUGGAGAAGAUGAGCUAUGUGCGCGCUGCGAAAGAGCUUCCCAAGCUCUCCGACGAUGAAAUCGAGGCCAAGGCAGCCGAGUACGGCAUCCUCGACAACAACGAGAAGGUCGAGGAGCGAAUCGCCGAACAUGCGCCUCAGGACUCUCAGGAAUACUCGUCCUAUCUGCCUAGCCAGCUAUAA